AUGGAAGAAAACAGCGAUGGAAUAGCUAUUGUAGGUAUAGGAUGUCGUUUCCCUGGUGCAGACAACAUCGAAGAGUUUUGGCGGGUUUUAUCAAAGGGAGAGAAUCACGUCAAAGAAAUUCCUCUCGAGCGGUGGAAUCUGGAGGCUUAUUAUGACGAUGACCCCGACGCGCCUGGCAAGAUGUAUGUCCGAAGAGCUGGACUUGUGAAAAAUUUUGAUCAGUUUGACAACAAAUUGUUCGGUAUCAACGACAAGGAGGCCGAGAAGAUGGACCCACAACAGAAGUUUGUCCUCGAGUGUGUCUUUAUGGCGUUACAAGAUGGCGGAAUUACUAGAGAAAAUAUACAGGGUUCAAACGCGGGAGUCUUUAUAGGCGUCCUGAACGAUGACUAUAGCAGGCUGAUCUCCAAAAAGGAUUUCGAUCAUUACAGCGUAACAGGCGGCACCAACAGUAUUAUGUCAGCACGUGUUUCCUACACCUUUGACCUGCGUGGACCUUGCAUGUCUGUGGAUACCGCGUGCUCAUCCGCUCUAUUGGCCAUCCACCUUGGUAGUCAGGCACUUAAAUCAGGCGACUGCAACAUGGCCGUUUGUGGAGGCGUAAAUGCUGUGUUGACACCCUCGAUCUUCAUACAACUUACCAAAGCCAGGAUGCUCUCACCGACUGGACAGUGUCAGGCAUUCUCUGCCAGUGCAGAUGGAUAUGCAAGAGGAGAGGGAUGCGGGGUUGUCCUCCUGAAAAGACUCUCUGACGCAAUCAAGGAUGGCGACAAGAUAUGGGCAACAAUUGUCACAGGUACAAACCAAGACGGCCGAACAGUUUCUCCAAUGACUGCACCUUCUGGUCAACAACAAGAACAGCUUCUGAAAACUGUCUACCAAAAGGCUGGAAUUGAUGCGAGUGAAAUAGACUACAUUGAAGCACAUGGAACUGGAACAGUAGCUGGAGAUCCAGUAGAAGUGAACAGUUUAGGAAGGUUUUUUCUGGCCUCUGGUGUGCAGAAGAAGAGAUAUAUUGGAUCUGUAAAAACAAACAUCGGCCAUCUUGAAUCUGCUGCUGGUGUUGCUGGUCUUAUUAAGGUUUUGCUCAUGAUGAAGAACAACAAGAUUGUUAAAUCACUUUUAACAGGAGAAAAGAAUCCAGACAUUGACUUUGAAAAGUUCAGUCUUGAGGUUCCAAAUGAUCUUAAAGAUUGGGAGAAAGAAAGCAAACUUGCUUGUGUCAAUUCAUUUGGGUUUGGUGGAAGCAAUUUUCAUGCUGUUCUAUCAACCUAUACAAAAAUAGCAAACACCACCACGGAAGAAAUCAUGUCAAAAAUGCCUUUGUUGUUUUGUUUCUCGGGACAGGACCAGAAUGGUCUAAAAGAAAGUAUCCAAGAAUUUAUUGCGUUUGCUGAAACAAAGUCUGAAAUAAAUUUGAAAGCUGUAUCCUUUUCAUCAACAGCGAGGCGUGAUCAUUUCCAUGUGAGGAAAGCGGUUACUGCAAAUUCUGUGAAUGAACUAGUUGACACACUAAAACCUGAUAAGAUUUUAGGAACAUCUCACAGACGUAAAAGAUUGAUUUUUGUGUUUGGAGGAAUGGGUAUAGCUUGGGUGGGAAUGUGCAAAGAACUAAUGUCCGAAUUUAAAUUAUUCAAAGACAAGAUUCAAGAGAUUGACAGUUGUUUAAAGGAGUAUGUCUCUUGGUCACUCUAUGAACGACUUUGUGAUGACUACAAUGUAGAAGACACAAUGUUUGGUCCAAUUGCUACGUUUGCAUGUCAGGUUGCACUAGCUGCACUUUGGAAACACCUGGGAAUCAAACCGGACUGUGUUCUUGGACAGAGUAUUGGUGAAGUUGCAGCCUCACAUAUAGCUGGAGUUUGGUCACUGAGUGAUGCAGUGAAAAUUAUAUUUCAUCGAACUGAUGUUCUGGCAAAUGCUACUGGUGGAAAAAUGCUUCUUAUACGCAACUGUCAGGUAGAAACACUUGAAAAUAUAUUAAAUGAACAUGAAGGCAGAGCGAACAUUGGAUUGUACUACAGUCCCAAGUCUUUUGUUGUUAGUGGAGAUGCUCAUGCCAUUGGACAGAUUGAAAAGGAUCUUCUGACUUCUCCAAAUGAACAGAAACAUGGAAUUAUUCUUCAAACACUUAGGUUGAAGAUUGCGUUUCAUAGCCACCAUACAGAAGAUUCAAAAUGCAAGAUUCAAAAGAAACUUACUGGCAUGCAAGGAUUCAGCCCAAAUACUGAAAUUAUCUCUACUGUUAGUGGUGAAAAUGCACAAAAACAAGAUUUUUCAACACCAUGCUACUGGGGUAAAAACAUUCGGGAUCCAGUACAAUUUGGCAAAGCUGUUUUCAAUGCUGCUAAAGAGGACUGUUUUAAUAUAUUUGUUGAAAUUGGACCCAGGGCCGUGCUACGUUCUCAUGUUAACGAUUUGUUCACCAGGGAUAAUAUCACUGUUGUUCCUUCAAUGAAAAAGGAUUCUGAACUCGGCUGCCUGAUUGACACAGCUGGCAAACUAUAUGAGCAUGGCGCCAAUCUUAGGUGGAAUGCAUUGUAUGAGGAGCCACAUCAGAAUACAGAAUAUCCAAAGUACAGUUUCCGUGCAAACAAAUGCCUCUAUAUAUCUGAAGACCAACAACAAGAGUUGAUGGGCAUAGAGCCAAAGUAUAACUUGCAUCCUUUCUUGAAGACAAUUCACUACAGUGGCUCUAAAUGUGAACAUAAAAUUAUUGUGUCUCCAACAUCAACUGCCAGUGUUUAUGAACACAGAUUUGAUGGAAACAUUCUCAUUCCUGGUACACUAUAUGCAGAAGCUGCCUUUGCUCUUGCACAGCACUACUUCAAGGGAAAGAAAAAUCAGAACUGCAGUAUUUCUUUGACAUUCAAACAUCCAGUCUUGUUAAAUAGAGGAAAGAGUAAACAACUUGACAUCGAUGUUACCAAAAUGCAUAUGCCAGAAUCAUUUACAUUUGUGGUACAUGAUCAAAGUGGUGUGUACGCUGAAGGGAAAGUUAACUCUGAGCAUUCUCCUGAAGAUGUUAUAGUUGAUAUUCAGAGUAUAAAAAAGAGAUGUAGACAAACUGUUACAAAACAAGACCUUUACAUAUAUCUUCGUAAUGUUGGAAUUACUCUUGGAGAGAUGCUUCAGCUUGUUGGAGAAACUGUAAAGAGUGAGACAGAAGUCUUGUCACAAGUGUCACUGAACUCGUCUAUCAAGGAUGAAAUGAAAGAAACAACCAUUCAUCCAGCAAUAUUGGAUGCAAUGCUUCAUAGCGCAGGAGCUUUCUAUGAACAGGCAGUAGAGAGCCAAAAAGCACUGCCAAUCCAGAUGGAAUACCUGAGAUUACGAAGUCCUGUUGAAGAUAAGAUGUUUGUGCACGUGACAUUUCUAAAAGAAACUCCUUCCAUAAAUGUGUUUCACAUAUCUUUAAUUUCACUGGAUGGAACUGUAUUGGCUGAGAUUGAGAAGUUUACCUCGAAAAAUUUGGGUUCACAAAAAGAUGAAAUGAUGUUUGAAAUGCAAUGGUCGCCAGUUGAAAAAUUACUGCCAAAUGAUAUUCCUGUGAAUCCAUCACAAAAGUGGCUAAUUAUUGCUGACAAAAAGCUAAAUGCUACCACCCUCGACCACAUAAAUUUAAAAUACUUGGAUCUUGACACUGCAGAAAAUGAUGUGAGUGAAAUGCUUCAUGCUAAAUAUGUGGCUUUAGACACGUGGUCUGCAAUAGUGUUUUGUUGUCAACAACAAAUUGUGGACACAUUAUCUGGGGAAGAAUACCUUCAAACCAUCACCAGGCAAUCAAUGAAUCUGAGAGGUCUGUUGUUAUACCUCCACACACAAAAUGCAAACGUUCCUUUGGUUAUAGUCACAGAAAGUGCUGUGAACACUGGCAACAAAAGCACUUCAGUAGACCUGGUAGCUGGAUCCUGCUGGGGAUUUGUAAGAUCGGUACUGAGAGAACAUGUGUACAGUAUGGCAACCAUUGUUGAUCUGCAUACAGAUGAAAAUAACAAAUUUGAUACCUUAAUGCCCACUGCAGUAAGACACUUAUUAAAGCAAGAUCAUCAAGGACGUCAUGAAUUUGUUUUUGAUAAAAAUUCUAUUUGGUGUCAGCGGAUGUUUCCAAAUGAUCACAUGCCACUAUAUCGAAACAACAAGCUUGAUAUGGAGUGCAAAGCAAAUCUGAUGUCUAUGCACAAAGACCGUCUUUGCGAACCAUACCUUCAAUAUGAUCAACAGAAGAUACAGUGUGAUCUACUAGACCCUGUAGAAAUCAGAACAACAAAGGUUGUAAUACACAACUCAUGUCUGUAUCAACAGUGUGUACCAGAUUCAAGCAUAAUCACUCUUGAAACCAUUGGAAAAGUGUCCAUAGGAAAUGAUUUGCUACAAAAUGUUGCAGCUUUUUUUCCAUGCAGAGUUAGUACAUUCAUGACAGUUCCAAAACAAAGCAUUAUUGACAUAAAUAAAAUAUCAUUUUAUGAACCAGGACUUCUAACGAAACUGGUUUUGCUCUGGCACCAUUGUAUAUCAACAGACACACAAAGAGAAACACGCAAUAAACCUCAUGACUCGUUCUUGCGAGGUAUUUGUAAGGUAGAUUCUGAGACAACAAAGAACAAGCAACUGGAAAUAUUCAUUCUUUGUUCUGAUGUUACUCAACCAGUAGCAAAUGCACUGCUAUUCAUGCUUGAGACAAUCCAAAGAGGCAACAAGGUUGAAAUAGUUAGCAUCAACAGUCCUAGUUUACUGACGAGAUAUUCUGAAGCAAUUAUUGUAUCAACCAUUCAACUGAAUGAAAACACAAUUGAAACAAUGUGUAAACUAUGGCCAAAUGCUAAAAGAGUUGUCUGUAUGGACCAGCUACUACCAAGACAUGCUGAUCUACAGCUAUGUCAUAGAAAUCAACAGCUACAAAUACAAAUUGUCAGGGCUAGUGACAUGUUCACACCUAGAUCAGCAAUAGACACCAUGCCCAAACUAGUGAAAUGGAUUCUACAUAACAAUAACAUUGUCCACAAAAUUGCUAAUACAUUUCAGGAUCUAACAAAUCACCAAACAGAAAUAAAUGUUGCAAGGUUGAUACAAUGCUCAACGAUUCAACUUUCUAGUGCCGAUGGCUAUGGCAUUCAACCCGUGCUUGCUUUUGAAGACACUUUGCUUCGUCCAGAUGGCAUAUACAUUGUGAUUGGAGGUCUAACGGGACUUGGAUGGGAAUGUGUUAAUUUCCUGGCAAAACAAGGAGCUGGUGCAAUUGUUACAAUAAACCGCCGAUCUGCAUCAAGGAAUAAAUUACGACAUAUAAAGAAGAUAACAGCAGAACACCACUGUCAAAUACGUACUAUGAAGGCUGAUGUUACAAACAUGCAAUCUCUCAAAAAGGUUUUUAAAACAAUUGAGGACAAAUUUCCAAGAAAACUGCUUAAAGGGGUCUAUUUUGGAGCAGGUGUCCUUGAAGACAAAACUUUGAUCAAUAUGUCACAAAACACGUUUGUGAAGGUUGCGGCGCCCAAGGUACAUGGGGCUUGGAAUAUGCAUCUACUUACAGAAAACACACCUCUUGAUUUUUUCAUCAUGCAUUCUUCAGUUACAGCAGUGUUUGGUACUCCUGGUCAGUGCAACUAUGGAGCAGCUAAUGCCUUCCAGGAUUCAUUAGCACAAAAACGCAGAGUGGCUGGACUUGCUGGGCAGAGUAUUAACUGGGGACCCCUCGAUCUUGGGAUGCUGCAAAAUAAAUUUGAUGUUAAGGCUGCUUUGGAAGAACAGGGAUAUAUACCACUCAGCACGGAAGAAAUCCACAAAUGUCUUUUGUCUGUACUCAUGUUGGAUAAGCCUACCAUCAUUGCUGCUAAAUUCAACUCGAUCAAGCUGGCCAACAGCAUAGCAAAUGAGAAUAAUGUGGCUUUACAGUUCAAGCUAAAUUCCAUCCUUGAUGUUCCAGCCAUGGAGAAUUUACCAAGGGAGACAGCCAGUAAGCAUACUGUUGAUGUAGAACAACUAAAGGUUGCAGACACUGACACUAGGCUGAAUACAAUUAGAGAAUACAUAACAGAAUUACUCACAGAUCUGCUUGGCCUUGAUCCAGGAAUUCUUGAAUUAGACAAAGGUGUAGAUAAAUUGGGGUUGGAUUCCAUGCAGGCAAUGAGCACAAGUAACCAAAUCUAUCAAACUUUUCAAGUACGGAUUACUUCAAACGGCUUGCUAGGACAAAAUCUUUCAGCCAAUGAAAUUACAGAACUUAUUAACAGAAAAUUCAUGACCUCAGUUGACAAAGUUACAAGAGCAGGUGUUUCUUCGCCAUUCACUGGACAGACAAUGACAUACAUGGAAUACACUUUCUAUAAGAUUUACUGCAAGAGUCCUACUGACCCAAGUUUGUAUUACAUAAACGAGAUAUCGAUACCAGAAACAGUAGCUAAGCUAGAAAUAUGGAAGUCAAUAGCUGCUAAACUUAUGUCACGACAUGAGGUUCUGAGGACAAAAUUUAAAAAGGUACCAAAGAACGAGAACAUCAGAUGGAAUGUCAAGAGGAAAAUUAACCCAGUUGGAAUGCCACCUGACUUCAGAAUAGUUAAAGCAGAAAAUAUAGAUGAGAUAGAGAAACACUCAACAGAAGCCUUUGACCUAGAAACACAGGGCCCUCUCCGCUUCAUUUACAUUCAUGGCAAAAUGUGCCAUUUCAGGACAGUAUAUAACAGCAUUGGUUUUGACAUGCAAGGAAUUGGGGUAAUUUUCAAGGACAUUGUGGAUAUAUUUCUUUCAAUCCAACAUAACGUAAAACUGCCAGAUCUACAGACAGUAGGAGGAAGUCUGAUAGUAGUGGAAAUGGAGAAGGUUUUGCAGGAGAAUGGUCAAGCAUUGAAGAACUUUUGGAAACAUUGGCUUGAAAUACAGAUUCCUGCAAUUACUUUGGGUACACAAAGACGACCAAAGACAUUAAAAUAUAGGACAUAUCAACAGGAGAAAGCAACACUAGAACCAGCUAUUUAUGGUGCACUACUUGACUUAUCAAAGUCCAAAGGUUUAAGCAUCUACAAAUUAAUUACCAGUUUCUACCAACUACUUCUCCACCUCAUGACCAAUGAAAGAAAUGUGGCAAUUUCAACAACAGUCGAUGUAAAGCAGUAUAUUCCAAAUGUUGGUAAUUCUGUUGGACUUGGAACAAACUACAUUCCUUUGCUAGCCAAAUUCCCAUCAGAUAACAUAAGUGUUGAGGAAUUUUUGCAGAAUAAUAAAGCUGCACUUCAAAUGGCAAUAGACCACUGUGUAUGUCCACUGGACAUCAUUAGUGAACUGGUUGGCUCCGAAAAGAUCACAAACAUAAUUCGAAACAAAGUUGUGAUUGUCGAAGAUGAAUUUGUGAUACCUUUGUUAAGACUAGCAAAGGAUGCAGGCUACACAUUCGACGUGACAAAGUCAGAAGACCUGGGAACUCACACAGAGACACAGUUUAGCAUGUGGAGCAGAACAAAAGAAAAACAAAUAACUUUUGACUUGAUGUACAACUCAGACGUGUUACACAGAAGUCGUGCUAAACAUAUCAUAAAGGCUUUUGAGGAAAUGAUUACUGAAAUAAUCAGUGACAGUUCUGUGACUACUGCUUAUCUACGGAAUAUGGCAAGUAUAAGAAAACUGAGAGCAAACCAUAAUCAAACCCUCACAGAUUACUCACAUAUGUGA